AAAAUAAUUGCAUUGACUUGAAAAUUAAAAAUUAAAACUAAAUAAAAAUAAAUAAAAAAUACUUGUUGAGAAAGUCACUAAGGUGCUAAUUAAGUUCCGACUCAGCACGCAAUAUAAAAGGGAAAUAAAGUCUGCUGAAUAUCUUUGCGAUUUCUUGGUGCUACCCCAUUUUCGCCAUUAAGCACUAUCUUCAGCUUAUUGUCAACACCUUCCUUCGUCUUUCUCUCUCCUCUUCCUCAAUCUGAGAAUUACAUAAAUCUAUUACAAUGGGAAACUUGUUAUGCUGCGUUCAAAUUGACCAGUCCACGGUUGCCAUUAAGGAGAGCUUUGGGAAAUAUGAUGAUGUGCUUGAACCAGGGUGCCAUUGUGUCCCCUGGUUCAUUGGUCAGCAGAUAGCAGGCAAGCUUAGUCUUCGUGUACAACAGUUGGAUGUACGCUGUGAGACCAAGACCAAGGACAAUGUGUUUGUCAAUGUUGUUGCAUCCAUUCAAUAUCGUGCCCUUGCUGAGAAGGCAAAUGAUGCAUUUUACAAGCUCAGCAACACUCGUUCCCAAAUUCAGGCCUAUGUUUUCGAUGUGAUCAGAGGCACUGUUCCAAGGCUCAAUGUGGAUGAUGUGUUUGAGCAGAAGAGUGAAAUUGCCAAAGCAGUUGCUGAUGAACUCGAAAAAGCAAUGUCUCACUAUGGGUUUGAGAUAGUUCAAACGCUGAUUGUUGAUAUUGAACCUGAUGAACAUGUGAAGCGUGCCAUGAAUGAAAUCAAUGCUGCUGCAAGACUGAGGGUGGCAGCAGGUGACAAAGCCGAGGCAGAGAAGAUCAUACAGAUAAAAAAAGCAGAAGGAGAAGCAGAGUCAAAGUACCUAUCAGGACUUGGUAUUGCUAGGCAGAGACAAGCAAUUGUUGAUGGUCUUAGAGAUAGUGUAUUGGGAUUCUCAGGUAAUGUUCCUGGGACAAGUGCCAAGGAUGUUAUGGAUAUGAUCCUUGUCACACAAUACUUCGACACAAUGAAAGAAAUAGGUGCAGCUUCCAAAUCAUCAACUGUAUUCAUCCCUCAUGGCCCUGGUGCUGUGCGUGAUGUUGCCACACAGAUCAGAGAUGGACUUCUUCAAGGACAAGCGUCAUCAUCAUCAUCAUCUCACUGAUAACUGAUAAGUGAUAACCAACCCCCUAUAAAUAUUGUCAAAGUAUACCCACUUAGUUCAGUAAUGGUUAUUUGGUUCUUUGAAUUUGGAAUUGGUUUAUGCUUGUUUUUCUGCAUUUAAUUCAGUGUUGCUUGUGUGGAAAUGAUAUUAUUUUAGUGGCUUAUUAGCGUAGUAUCAUGGAAAAAACCAAGUACAAAUGUGGUUAUGUACUGUUGUUUUUUAUGUUUAGUUUGGUGUGGCCUCUCCAAUAUGAUUAUGAACAAAACUGUAUAAUGUGGUUGUAACUUUGUAUAUACCAAUGCAUGCAUUUUGCCA